CAAAGACCGAGAGGUGGGUGCGAAAAGGACACUACUCCAACUACUGCUGUGGAGGAAGAAAAAACAAAACAAGAGAGAGAGAGAGGAGGGGAUAUAAAGAUUGAGAUUGGGAUUACGGCCAUUUUUUAUUUAUUUUUUUGCCAAACUGCGGUGAGCGACGUUUGUGCGUUUUUUUAAACGAUGGAUUAAAGAAACCUAUUCCGGGAUUGACAGCAAGCGACCAAGUGGAUUUAAUCGCGAAUUAAGAGGCCAUGUCUCAGAUGAGGAAGCUGGUAUGCGAGGGCGUGCGGCCCACAUCCCGCUGCGAUCCUCCGGUUCCAUCGCUGUCGGCCAGACAGGAGAUCCUCACCAGCCUGGUGUCGGCCCUGGACUCUGUGUGCAUGGCCAUGUCCAAGCUGAACGCCGAGGUAGCCUGCGUCACAGUACACGAGGACAGCGUCAUCGCAGUCGGCACGGAAAAGGGACGAAUUUUCCUCAACUCCAGGAGGGAAAUCCAGACCGACUUCUACAAGUUUUGCCGGGCGCCGUCGUGCCUGCCCAAUGCGACCACCACCAAAGAUCAGGAUGUGGAUCUGGGCAAGGCGGGAAAAGAAGGCGAGCAUGUGAAAAUGGGCAGAGCACCCCCGCUACCACUGCCACCGCCGCUGCCAGACGCACAGUCCGUCUUUGUCCUGAGGAAGAUGGUGGACGAGGUCUUCACCGUUCUCUAUAGUGAAGCGGCUGGAAAGAGCACCCUGGUCCCUGUGCCUUACGAGUGGAUUCAGAAGGACCCCACUUGCCUUGUGGCCCACGGCCUACCCGAGGGCGUCUCCUUGAGGAAGCCGUCCGAGUACGAUUCCAAGACGCUCAUUAAGAUUCUGGAGCAAAGCCACCGGAUACAUUUCACCGUCACAAGGCCGACGGAAGACUUGUCUCGCGAAGCCAAGUCAGCGAGCGUGGAGCUGGGCCAUCACAGCUCUUCUGGCGGCCCCGUGGCUCAGGGCGGCCCCGGCCCAGUCAAGACUACUGCCCAGGUAGUCACACCGUCAAGUCCCGCCACUUCCGCCAACUCUGUUCUCUCAAACUUCCUGUACGGCAUGCCCAUGUCCUCCAAACCCCACCCAGAUGGCACGCUGGACUUCAAACCCACGUCGCUCCUAAGCCAGGGCAAGGACCGACUAGCCAACUGGACAGACAAGGGCACGUGCGGGAAGGAUGCUGGUAGCAAUGAUGAGACAACAAGACUACCUAGUGAGCAGGGUCAGACACCUGCGAGUAUCCACAUAUCCAAAAGGCUACUCUUCUCCAUCGUGCAUGAAAAAUCAGAAAAAUGGGACUCGUUCAUCCGGGAGACGGAGGACAUAAACACGCUGAGGGAAUGCGUCCAGAUCCUGUUCAACAGCAGAUAUGCCGAGGCCUUGGGUCUGGACCACAUGGUGCCAGUGCCAUACCGCAAGAUUGCGUGUGACCCGGGCGCGGUGGAGAUCCUGGGCAUCCCGGACCAGAUCCCCUUCAAGCGUCCGUGCACCUACGGGGUCCCCAAACUCAAACGGAUCCUGGACGAGCGACACUCCAUCCGAUUUGUGGUCAGACGGAUGUUUGACGAAAAGAUUUUCACAGCUGCUGGCAAGAUGUCGCGGGAGGAAGGCAAGAUGGACACAGGUUCCACUGCCCCCGAAGACGUUUUCCCAGAGAACCUGAGCCUCACGCCAGCCCUCUCAACCGCCACGAGCACGAGUGCGUGCGUGAGUCCUUUGGCGGAGUGUGAAGCAGGUCCUUCGGUAGAUUGCAUCCCUGUGAAGAGGAUUAAAACGGAGCCUCCGGAUGGGGACAUCAUUCAAGUUACGGUGCCGGAAGCUAGCUCCAGCGUGGAGGAACCCAGCGAGCCAGCGUCUGAGUCCGCCUCCGCCCCCUCGUGUCAGGCCACGUCCUCUCCUUCCGGCCCCUCGGCUGCCUCUGCCCUCCACCUCCCGGCGGAGAACCACGCAGCUGGUGAAGCGUUGUCGUCCAAAGCAGCAGGCCAGAGCAUCCGAAGACCCUCUGAAGCUGGUAGCCUGGUGGAGGACAUUGGUGAAAUGAUUCUUCAGCUACGCAGACAAGUGGAAAACUUAUUCAGUAUCAAGUACGCUGAAGCUUUGGGCCUUCCCGAGCCGGCCAAGGUGCCCUACUCCAAGUUCCAGAUGUACCCAGAGGACCUGUUCGUCACCGGGUUGCCCGAGGGCAUCGCCCUGCGGCGGCCCAACUGCUUCGGGGCGGCCAAGUUGCGAAAGAUCCUGGCCGCCGGCAGCCACAUCCAGUUCGUCAUCAAAACGCCCAAGCUGCUGAGCGAACAAGUCAAACAAGAGAUGCCUUCCGUCUGCGACUCAGAGCUGGACGGCAAGGACGUGACGCCUUUGACAGAGGACGCUGCUGCGUUGUCAAAAAGACCCACUUUCUCAGAGUGCCUGGAGUCCAAGCUGUCCAGGAUCGACCUGGCCAACACAUUGCGGGAGCAGGUCCAGGACCUGUUCAACAGAAAGUACGGCGAGGCGCUGGGCAUCAAGUACCCGGUGCAAGUGCCUUACAAGCGCAUCAAGAACAACCCGGACUCGGUCAUCAUCGAGGGACUCCCACCUGGCAUCCCCUUCCGGAAGCCCUGCACCUUCGGCUCCCAGAACCUGGAGCGGAUCCUGGCUGUCGCCGACAAAAUCAACUUCACUAUCACCAGACCUUUCCAAGGCCUCAUUCCAAAGCCUGCACCUCGCCGGGUAACUUUACUCAAGAAGGCGUAUGCUACCAUAAGCGACGACGACGACGUCAACCGAGUCGGGGAGAAGGUGGUCCUCCGUGAGCAGGUCAAGGAGCUGUUUAACAAGAAAUACGGUGAGGCUCUGGGGCUGGAUCGCGCCGUGGCUGUGCCAUACAAGCUGAUCCGUGGCAGCCCCGAGUGCGUGGAGGUGGACGGGCUCCCCGACGACGUGCCCUUCCGGAACCCGGGUGCCUAUGACGCCGGCUGCCUGGAGAGGAUCCUCCAUGCCAAAGACAAAAUCAGCUUCAGCGUCAAGAGCCAUCUACAGCCUUUUUCCGAACUGUGUAGUCAGCCAUGCAACACAGUGUUAGCGUCCGAAGCCUCGACAAGUCGACGGAAGCGCAAGCGAGUUCAGGAGAGCCAUAGAGGCCCCGCCCCCUCCUCCUCAGAGCUGGCCCCGUCGGGUAAUCAGAUUCCAGUCAUGCAGUGGCCCAUGUACAUGGUGGACUACAGUGGAGUCAACAUGCAAGUACCAGGAAAAGUCAACUACUGAAGGGAGUUAAGAGCCACAAAAUGGCGAUGAUGAUCAUUGUUUUUUUUGUUUGUUUGCUAACAUUAGCACUAAAAGUCACAUUGUAUGUGCGUGUGAGCGAUUAGCAUCCACGCCAACGUUAUUACUGACACUAUGUCACAGUGACGUCAUAUGCUAAGGUUUGUACCUUUUUUUUAUUUAUUCUAUUUAUUGAACUGUAACAACGCCAUGUGCAGGGAUGCUAACUAAAACACUAACACUUAGUGGGGGCCACAUACUCCGGAUGGAUUAAACAAAAAAACAAAAAACUAAUCCAGCAGUCUAGGUCUUAAUUGCAGUCACAUCUGUCAAUAUCCUCAUUCCAGCUCACCGGUAUCAACUAAUGUAGUUACCUGGCUAGCGAGACAAGAUUGGGAUCUACGUCUUCAUUCCGGCAAACUAGUUGGUGGCUAGCUACCAGGAGAAGUUACGAUAGCCAUCUACAGUUUGACUCAAACUGACCACUUGGCGGCUAGCUAGCCUAGCUACAGUGAUGCUAACUAGCGCGAGAAGUCAAUGCAGCAGUCUACAGCUUCAAACUAGGUAGAAAGUGAAGCUAACCCAGCUGUUGACUUCCUAGUACAAGACGCUAACUAGUUAUUUUUUUGUCUCCAUGACAAGCGUAUGGACACCCCUCACAGGAGCUUGAGUUCAACACCUAGCCUUUGUACGUUAGCACAUAUAUUGAAAGCCGUUGGAAAAUUUAUUGGAUAUCCUGCUCAUGGACAUUUUGCACACUAGUAGAACUUAGAAAAUUCUAGUAGUAGCAUGUCAACUAGUGGAAGAGCGUAUUACUCCAUGAACCAGUAAGUCUGGAUAUCAAAUAAAUGCUGAAAAUGGCUUUGCAUAUACUUUAACAUAUUAUGUACCAUAGUAUUAUGUGGCUAAAACAAGUCAGUCUGAAUGUAUCAAGCAGGGUCUGUCCCUGACUUAAAGAGUAAAGAAUGCUAUGAUGACUAACCCCCAUGUAAACAUGCUGUACCUUAACGCCAAUUAGGCCUUUCCAAAUAAAAUGUGUUGCCUUGC